AUGGAUGGAAGUUUUGAACAACUUCGAGCGAUCAAUGAGAGAUGUCGACAAAUGAAAAUUUGGGAUAUCGUUGCAAUUCUGGGCAUAGCACUUGGAGUUUUAGCUGUUAGUCAUUGGAAUCAGUAUCAAGAGAUUUUCUAUAUUCGAGAUUCGUUGUCAACGUUUUAUAAUGAUUUUGAUAAAUCGAUUUUAACUCACCCUGGAGCUAUGAGAGAGUUAAUGAAUAAAGCAAGUUCCGUUGUGAAUAAUCCAAAUUUCUUAAAGAUUCACGAGAUACGAGCAGCAUCUGAAAAGCUUAACAACCAAAUUGAGAUCCUUACAAACUUUGAACAUGACAAAACUGGUCGACCUGAUCUUGCAUUAUGGAAUUCUGGUGGAAGAAUUGCUGGUUUGGGAAUGGAUACGGAGACGUUUUAUUCAUGCAGUUGGUUCUGGAAAUUAGCUGGUUGUCCGAAUAAAAUCAACGGCCCAGAAAAGACUAUUCAAGAAUCUAUGAAACCUGGUGAAUGUUUUCGAUUCAAAGGGAAGGUAGGCAAAUUAUUCAUCCGUCUAAUUAACAAAGCAAUCGUUGACGGUAUUACUGUCGAACAUAUAACAAAGAAAAUUUCACCAACUGGAGAUAUAACAUGUGCACCUCGCAAAUUUUUAGUUGCUGGACUUAAUCGUCAAGAUGAGAUUCCUUUUAUGUUCGGAAAUUUCACAUUUAAUGCGAAUAAAACUUCCAUUGAAAUGUUUUUUGUCAAUCAACGUUCAUCAAUUCCACACAAAUAUGUCAUGUUUCACUUCCUUGAUAACAACGGUGAUAGCGAAGAAACCUGCGUUUAUCGACUACGCAUUCAUGGCAUCCUUAUUCAAGGAUAUGUUUUGGAAUUUUUUAAUGGUUCAAAUGUACAAACAUUUUUAAAAUUGCGUAAAUAA